AUGGAGAAAAUCAAGAACAAACUCUUCCAGGCCCGUCGCCACUCUCGGCAGGAGAAGAAGGAGGGCAUCGACCACAUCAUGGAGAGGUCCAGAGCCCAAGAUCUAAUCAACUUCAACGCUGGUGGCUUCCAACACUGGGCCGUGGCUUUCAUAGUUUGCAACUUCAACGUCGAUGUAGGCUUUCCCGAGCAACAAAACACGGAGACGGCCGAAGACUUGUCUUUCAACUUCGCAAUCUCUAACAAUUCUCCCGACAUCAGACUCACUUCUCCAAACACACCUCAUGGCAGCGCAGACACUUUCUAUGGCUCCUGUGUCUUCCGUCAAGAGUUCGACGACACCAUGAAAAGGAGCUUCAACCAGAGAACACUGGUCAUGGUAUCUCAUCACAACUUUCCGGCAUUCUACCACCAGAUACUACAACGCAUGACCGAAUCUGGUGUCAUCAGUGACCCCGCAACACUGGAAGCAGCUUUCACACAGAUGGGCGCCUGGGAACCACCGCAUCUGGGACGCCAUCAUCUCCCGUUUCUGGGCAAAAUGCUCACACUUGACAUCGCGCCCCAUCCGUCCUUUCCCCUCCAAGGGCUCCCAGGCCCUACACCUCUAAUAUCAGACACACCGUCUUCAGUAUAUGCUUACGAACCAAUUGGCUCCUGGGACAAUAUAAUGCACUACAUGCCCUGCAUCACCGACCUCUACGUCCUAUUCGAGAAGCUCAUCCUCUGCGAAAGUAUCAUUGUGGUUGCCAAAUCUCCCCAACUAGCAAGUGAAGCCGUGUCCUCACUCGUCGAUCUCAUCUGCCCCGUCCCCUACGCCGGAGUUGUGAAACCGUACAUGACCAUGCAAGCCAACUUCAAAAGCAUCGGCAUCGACGGCGGCACACCACGCGCAUUCCUCAUCGGCAUCACCAAUCCAUUUCUUCUCAAACGCAUCGUCGCCGCCGCCGAAAGCAGUCAUAAAGCCCGACCGCACAUUCUCUAUCUUCAAAACUUCGAUGGGCCUGUCCCCACCCGCCGUCACCACUCCCUCCACCACAAGAGCAGUCGAAAUGCACUGUUAGACCUUCCAGGAGGCGGCAUAGAAGUCCAUACCCCCUCCAAACGCUUCCUCAAAUCCGACUCUGCACUCCUCUCUCAAAUCGAACUCUCCCUCAAACUCGGCGAUCAAACGCGCGACCUCGGGCCCCUCAUCCGUCGCCACUUUGCCGAACUCACCGCCCAAUUCGUCGCGCCGAUAAAUCGCUAUCUUGCCACGUCCAGCGUCGUCUCACCAGCCGGCACCAAAACCUAUGCCAGUUUCCACAUUCCGGAUUUCCUGGCCAGCGUCAGUAAACACGGCACGAGCGUCAAGUUCCGCGGCAGCAAUCCGAUUCACAGACAUAGAGCGAGAGAUGCAAUGUAUGAAGCCUUUUGUACGAGCCCGAGUUUUUAUAGCUGGCUGGAGAUGAAGAUUGCGUUGGAGACGCAGGCUAGUGCGGGCAUACUGGAUGGUCCUCGUGUUGCUGGUGCUGCUGGUGGUACUGGAACUUGA